AUGUCCCGUCCUUACCAUCCCUACAAUCUCCUAAUCUUAAUUACUAUUUUCUGUCUAUUACCCACAACAUGGGCUCAAGCCCAACCACAGGAGCCCACAUCAGCUUUGAUUGCACGUCUGAUCGACGUGCGAUCAACCUGGGACCCGAGUGGAUCGAUCUUCGCAGAGCGUCGAUCACCAGCAACACCUACUACAGAAGAAACAAUAACCGUCCGUCGACGAACAAUCGUCACAGCGACAACCUCAACCCCCUCAGGCAUGCCCAAGCCAUUCGACACACUCGCUUACGACUUCGCCGACGCACCAAGCUGUCUCGACUUCUUCAGCAAAUGGCGCAGCAACGAAACAAUAGCCAACUGCAACGCCAUCUCCCUCCUCCUCGAGAACUCAAAUGCAUUCUUCCACACCCUCAACUCCGCCCCGGCGACAUCCCGCAUUCUUGAUAAAUCCUGUUCCGCAGAUGUAUCGCAAUGCGCAUCCAUCAUGACGGAUCUCGCAGCGGAUUUACUGAAAGCCGAAAACUGCGGCGAAGACUAUGGAAAAGAUAACUCGGUCGUCAAGGGCACGUACCGCGAUCUAGUCGCUUACGAAGCGACGUAUCGUGCUACUUGUCUCACCAGCCCGUCAACUAAGGACUAUUGCUUCGUCGACGCGGUGUCGAACUCUACCUCACCCGACGACUACACCGUCUACUUCAUGCCAAUCGGUGUCCCGCUCAGCGAGGGCGCUGCGCCAACUUGUAACAAGUGUCUGAAGGCGACCAUGGCGCUGUUCUCGCGCUGGGCAAAACGUGAUGGCCAGCCGCUUGCUUCGACGUAUGUUCCUUCGGCGAAGAUUGUCAAUGCGCACUGUGGUGCUGGCUUCGCUGCUACUAAUAUAACUGUUGGCUCGGAAGACGUUAUGGCGGGGGCUGGUCUUACUGCUCCGCUGCCGAGUCUGGGAAUUGCGGCAGUUUUGGGACUUGUCCCGUUGAUGGGAUUGUUUUGA